AUGGCCAUGACCGCGUCAAGAUGGGCUGCCCAGAGGCAGAAGCUCUUCAUGUCCGUCUUUGAUACGGAAAUCUCACAGCCCACACCCUACUCGACGCCAUCAUUACGAUCAACCGACUCGGGGCAGCCGUUCGGUGGUCCGCCUGCUGCAGCAGCCCAACCGCAUAUCAACCUCCAAUCCCUGGAUUCCACAGACACGCCAGCAGCAGCAGCAGCAGCAGCAGCAUCCUCCUCCCCCCUUUCCUCCUCCGCCACCCAAAUCACCGAUCAAGCCCGCUGGGAUCGGGCCUGGCACGCAGUGACAUCGCGCGUGCAGCUUCCCCCCUCGGUCGCCGCCGAGGACUCCUUCGGCUCCCUCGCCUCGGAGUCCCAGGACCUCACCAACCCCGACUUCUACGCGAGCCUGCAGGUCGUCCUCCAGCCCUCUCAGCGCGCCCCGCACGCCGCCCACACGGAGGACCUCUUCUCGUGGCACACCCACCAGGUCCGCCACCAUUUCGUGCAGCACGUCCUGCCCCUGCUCUCCGCCUGCGCCGGCCACGGCGACGCGACGCAGGUGCUGCUGGGCAGCAUCCGCACGCUCGAGGCCGCGCACCGCCAGCACGUCUAUGGCGUCUCCCUCAUGGCGCGCGGCCUAGACGAGUCCGCCGCCGAGCGCGCCGUCGAAGCGUUCCGCCGCGACCUGCACGCCCUCAUCAGCAACUCCAUGGCCCCGGCGCUUGUGGACGCGCUACGCCGCGUGCUGAGCCGCCUCAUGCGCGUGCUGCUGCGCAUGCAGCCCGAGUCGGCGACCUCCUCUGCCAAUCCAGCGGCGUCGCCGCAUGCAGGUCGCGGCGGCGGCGGCAGGAGCGCCAGCGCCAGCAACCAGACGGAUGGCGCCAGACGCGAGCUCCGUCAGCUGGUCGAGGCCUUGCAUAAGGUCGGCCUGGCCGGAGAGAAGUUCCAGGUCCUCUUUGCCGAGAUGAUGGACGCCCUCAUGGUCGAGCACAUCAAGACGUCCUUUGCCGGGGUGUGGACGCAGCAAACGCAGACGGCGGCGGCGUCAGCGGCACCACUACCGCCACCCAGACCGCCACGAUCAUCCCUGCGCCGCGCGGGCUCGCUGUCGCCGUGCAUCGCCUCCCUGCACGACUGGGUCGAGAACCACUACGCGCGUCUGGCGGUUGAGGUAUUUGACCGCCUUGGCGCCGAGGUGGUCGCCUGGAAGCAUGUCGAGGAGUGGAAGGAGAUUGCGGUUGGGCGCUUGGCGGCUACGCGCAUCCACGAGCUCUUUGACAUUGUGCUUCACUGGCCCGAGAGCAGAGACGCCCUUGACGAUCUGCGCGUGGCCGUGACGACGCCGCAGAGGCGACUGCAGCUCACCGACACCUUCUCGGCCGCGCUGCAGAAACGGCUGCUCCACCCCGGGCGGUCCACGCUAGACAUCCUGCAGGUGUACAUCUCCAUGAUCCGCACCUUUCACGCCCUCGAUCACUCCAAGGUCCUGUUGGAACGCGUUGUCCACUCCCUUCAGCUGUACCUCUGCCAGAGAGAUGACGCCAUCCGCAUUGUCGUCACGGGCCUCCUGUCCGGGCCCGAUGAGGCGGCGGCGGCGGGCGGCGGCGGCAUGGGCAGGCUGCUAGAGCUGGCCGCGCUGCUGAACGAUCCCGCGCAGCAGCGCCGGCAGACGGCCGAUGACGAGGAGCUCGACUGGAACGACAUGGACUGGAUCCCCGAUCCUGUCGACGCCGGCGUCAACUACAAGCGGCCCAAGUCGGAGGACGUUAUCGGUACGCUGAUCAACGCGCUGGGCUCGCAGGACAUAUUCAUCAAAGAGUUCCAGUCUAUCAUCGCUGAACGGCUCCUGUCCAAGCAGACUGAGUUUCCUCAGGAGGUCAAGGUGCUCAACCUUCUCAAAAAGAAGUUUGGCGAGAAUGCACUGCAAAAUUGCGAUGUCAUGCUCAAGGACAUUCAAGACUCGACGAGGGUCGACACGGUCAUCACGAGACAGAUGCAGAUGGCCGAGUGGGAGCAGAAAAUGCUGCUCUCAUAUCACACCAAGAUUUUGUCACGUCUGUUCUGGCCCACACUCGACCGCGAGCAUUUCCUGCUUCCGCAGCCCGUCAUUGAGAUGCAAAGCCGCUACGACGCUCGUUACGAAAGCCUCAAGAGCUCGCGCAAGCUCACCUGGCUCAACAACCUCGGCACGGCCACCGUGCACCUGGAUUUGGAAGACAGGUCCGUUGAUAAAGAAUGCAAGACGUAUGAGGCGGCCGUCAUCUACGCCUUCCAAGAUGACGGUUCCUCUACGUCUCCCGGGCAGCGUACAGUCAACCAGCUCGAAGAUACACUCCAGAUGGAUGAUGACACGAUUCGCCUGGCUCUCGUCUUCUGGGCGUCGCAGCGCGUCCUGCGCGAAGUCGCCCCUGACACGUAUGUCGUCCUCGAACGCCUCGAAGAAGACACGGCUCCGGCACCCCGUGACUCGUCCCCAGCGCUCGACGACGACGACAUCGCGCCGCCGCACAACACGGUGUCGCCCUCCAAGACCGGCAGGGGCGCCAUGGAUGCGCAGGAAAAGGAGCGACGUCUAGUCUACUGGCAAUUCAUCUUUGGCAUGCUGACCAACUCGGCGCCCACGAUGCCGUUGGGUCAGAUGGCUAUGAUGAUGAAGAUGCUUAUCCCAGACGGGUUCCCCUGGAGCAACGAGGAGUUGCAGGAAUUCCUGGCUGAGAAAAUGGCCGAGGGUGAGCUCGAGCUUGUAGGCGGAAAGUAUCGCUUGCCGAAGAAGUGA